UUGGAAGGAAUUUUGGAAACACCCUGUAUAUCAAUGAAGUAACAUGGCGACUGACGAAAAUAGUAAUUUAGAGGAAGUUUUGGAAUAUAAGAUUUUUAAGUACUCCAGUUAUACAGCUUCUUACGUACCUGAGAAUAUUCUUGUAGAUAAACCGUCAGAUCAAACUUCACGUUGGUCUUCUGACAAUGACCAUCCUAACCAGUUUCUUACAUUGAAAUUACAACGUCCCGCCAUUGUUAAGAAAAUUACUUUUGGCAAAUAUGAAAAAACUCAUGUAUGCAAUAUAAAAAAAUUUAAAGUGCAUGGAGGGUUGGAACCCGACUAUAUGAUGGAACUUUUAGUAAGUGGAUUAAACAAUGAUAGCACAGCCCAAACGUUGGAAUUAAAACACGUAUUAGGUCACGAAGGAAAUUUGUUUCCCUGUAGAUACAUUAAAAUUAUUCCUGUACAUUCUUGGGGACCCAAUUUUAAUUUUUCCAUUUGGUUUGUACGCUUGCAUGGUAUCACUGACCCUAAAAUUGUACAAACUGCUAUUAGCUGGGUUGAUAUUUAUCGUCAAAGAGAAGUAAUAAGGUUAUGCAUGAAACAUUUUCGAAGAUUCGAACAACCAGAAAUUGUUCACACUUUGCAAAGAAUCACAGGCGUUACUUUGGAAGAUCCUCGGUUAUCUAUGCUGUAUGAUUUGUUAGUUACCAAAGGUGAUCAUCUUCAGGCGGAAGGUUUUAUAAGCAACGCAGUCAUGUCUGGACUACUGAAUGACUAUAUCAAUGCUCAGACCUAUAGAGCGGUUUGGAAAAAAUUAUCUACGAGUGAGCCUAGACCUGGAAUGAGAGGAGGACAUCAAAUGAUCCUGGAUCCAACUGCUGAAAUGUUGUAUCUAUUUGGUGGAUGGGAUGGAAAUCAAGAUCUUUCAGAUUUAUGGGUUUAUGACAUAACUGCUAAUCAAUGGAUCCUCCUAUGCAAAGAUACUGAAUCAGUAGGUGGACCUAGUGCUCGAUCAUGUCAUAAAAUGAUUCUUGAUCCAGAAAGACGACAAAUCUUUUUACUCGGACGAUAUUUGGAUACGCAGUAUAGAACACCAGAAAACCUAAAAAGUGAUUUUUAUGUUUAUGAUAUUGAAUCAAAUAAGUGGACUCAAAUAUCAGAAGAUACUGGUGUUGAUGGUGGACCUCAACUAAUAUUCGAUCAUCAAAUGUCAAUAGAUACUGAAAAACGAAUAAUUUACGUAUUUGGCGGUAGAAUUCUUGUUUCAUCUAACACUUCUGAAAAUCAUGCAAUGUUAGCUAAUUCAACGGAACAAAUAUUUUCUGGUUUAUAUUCUUAUCAUGUGCCGACUGGUACUUGGAAUCGACUCGCUUGUGAUAUUGCAAGACAGGGUCCUUCAGAAAUACCAACUAUUAGGUCACGAGCUGGUCAUUCUAUGUUGUUUCAUUCAGGUGAACGAAAGUUGUAUAUAUUUGCAGGUAAACGAAGUAAAGAAUAUUUAAGAGACUUUUUUACUUACGACGUAGAUACAAAUAAAAUAAAUUAUAUAAAUUACAAUGACGUUGGAGGGAGAGAUACUGAUCGUCUUCCAGCAGCUGGCUUUACUCAAAGGUCAACAAUUGAUCGUGAUCUUAAUGAAAUAUAUGUUUUGUCGGGUUUAAGUAAAGACAAAGAUGAGAGAGAUGAUAAUGUACAGAAUUCUUUUUGGGUAUAUACUAUUAAAAAUAACACAUGGUGCUGUAUUUAUCGUAAUGACAAUUUUGGUGAAAAAUAUUGGACUAAAAUGCAAGAUUUUGAACCAUGUCCAAGAUUUGCGCACCAGUUAGUCUACGAUGAAAUCAAAAAGGUUCAUUAUUUAUUUGGAGGAAACCCAGGACGAUCUUGCCUUCCUAAUUUACGACUAGAUGAUUUUUGGCAAUUACAAUUAUGUAGACCGUCUCACGAGCAAGUAUUACAAAAAUGUAAAUUAAUCAUUAGAAAACAUAAAUUCGAAGAACUUGCUUUAAAUAAUAGUGUUGAAGCAUUGGAAUAUUUACAAACUAAAGUGUCCGAAAUUAUUGAUCAUAAUGAUAAAGAGCAAGAGAAAGAGUUCCAGUUGUUGACGUCCGUACUAUUUCGCGAGCAAACAAGGUCACUAGAUGAAACUGCAGAUUCUAAUCCAACUUCUUCUGCUGUUUCAAGUAACUUUAUCGAUAUAAAUACAGAUCAAUAUGUUAAAAUAGGCAAAGUUCAUGCUUUGAGAAUAGAGCUAUAUGAUAAACUUGCAGAAUUUUUUUCCGAUUCACUUGCACAACCGCGCGUUAACCUAAUCGAUCUUGUGUCAUUAUGAUGCAAUAAAUAUUAAAAGAAGGAAACAUCAAGUACGUUGACAUUAAUUAUAUAUCCAGUAUGAAUUGUUAAAUGAUAUAAAGCAAAAUCAGUUAUUUUUUUUCUCUCUUUUUCUACAAGGUUAUUUGUUGUAAUAUUUACCAUUAUUUCACAUAUGAAAUCGCAAUUUGUACUGCACUUUUUUUACAAAUUUAGAUAGAGAUAUAGGUCAGAAUUAAUUAGAAAAGUGAUAUUCGCAUUAAUUUCUUCUCGAAUUAAACUUUUACCGGAUAAAUUUAAAAUUUUUGAAGAUAUUCUAAGGCAAAUAUAAAGAACAGCAUUAACCCAUUUGCAUUCAUAAGCGUUUUCUGAACAGUAGAUAAAAUAAUUUGGAAUUAUUAAUGCGGCAUUGGCAAAUUUUACCCUCUUUAAACCUUUGUGGAUGAAGCUUUAAAAUAAUCAGCUUAUUUUUGUCAUGUACUACGAGUUGUAAUGAUAUACCAAUUAAUCAUUCGUUAGAUAUUUAUUCAAUAGAUACAGAUGUUACUAUUAUCUUAUUUUAUGUUGUUAAAUAAUAUACAAAUUUUAUAUUCAUAGAGUAUACUUAUUUAUUAAUUAUUAUUUUGUUAUUAGAUAUUGAUUAAACUUUAACUUCAUAGCUAUUGAUUGGUUCUUCUUAUUUAAAUUAAAAAUUAAAAAACAAUCUAAUUAUAUUAUUUAAGAUUAAAUUUGUGAUGAUACAACAGACAGACUAACUAUCGAUUGAGUGUCUCUAAUUUAUGAAAUAAAUAAAGCUAUGAUGCACAUGGGUUAAUAUUGUAUUUUGCUGUUGUAAAUUGUUGCUUACAUAUAUAGCAAAAAGAGUAAUCAAAUAUUGAUGAUGUAUUUUUUACAUAUUGACAUAUUUGUCUUAGAAGUAAGGAAACACAAAAUU